AGCAGCCCCCAGACUCUCGUUGGUUGGUGGGCAGCUGCUGGCACCAUGGGGCAUGAACUGACAGCACAGGAGAAGUAUCAUCUCAUCACUCGGAAUUUACAGGAAGUUCUUGGAGAGGAUAAAAUGAAGGCCAUCUUGAAAGAACGUGAGCUGAAGAUAUAUUGGGGGACAGCCACAACGGGGAGGCCUCAUAUAGCUUACUUUGUCCCCAUGUCCAAGAUUGCAGACUUCUUGAAAGCUGGAUGUGAGGUGACGAUCCUGUUUGCCGAUCUCCAUGCCUACCUGGACAACAUGAAGGCCCCCUGGGAGCUUCUGGAGCUACGUACCCAGUAUUAUGAGAAUGUGAUCAAGGCAAUGCUGGAGAGCAUUGGGGUGCCUCUUGAGAAGCUCCGAUUCAUCCGUGGAACUGACUAUCAGCUCAGCAAGGAGUACACGCUGGACGUUUACCGCCUGUCCUCUGUUGUCACCCAGCAUGAUGCUAAGAAAGCAGGUGCAGAAGUGGUGAAGCAAGUGGAGCAUCCACUGCUGAGUGGCCUCCUCUAUCCAGGACUGCAGGCACUGGAUGAAGAGUACUUGAAAGUUGACGCACAGUUUGGAGGAGUGGACCAGAGAAAAAUUUUCACCUUUGCAGAAAAGUGCCUCCCAUCCCUGGGCUAUGCCAAACGCAUCCAUCUGAUGAACCCCAUGGUGCCUGGGCUGACCGGCAGCAAGAUGAGCUCUUCAGAGGAGGAGUCCAAGAUUGAUCUCCUGGACCGUAAGGAAGAUGUGAAGAAGAAGCUGAAGAAAGCGUUUUGUGAGCCAGGGAAUGUGGAAAACAAUGGCGUCUUGUCCUUCAUCAAGCAUGUGCUCUUUCCGCUCAAAUCAGAGUUCGUCAUCCUGAGAGAUGAGAAAUGGGGAGGGAACAAAACUUACACAGACUAUGGGGAGCUGGAGAAAGACUUUGCUGAUGAGGUUGUCCAUCCUGGAGACCUGAAAAACUCAGUUGAAGUGGCUCUGAACAAGCUCCUGGAGCCUAUCCGGGAAAAAUUCAGUACUCCUCAAAUGAAGAAACUGGCCAGCUCUGCAUACCCUGAUCCCUCCAAAGCAAAGCCUGCCAUCAAAGGCCCUAUGAAGAACUCUGAUCCUGAGGAGGUGGUGCCUUCCCGGGUGGACCUCCGUGUGGGCAAAGUGCUCAGUGUGGAGAAGCAUCCUGACGCAGAAGCCCUGUACGUGGAAAAGAUUGAUGUGGGGGAGCCUGAACCACGCACUGUGGUCAGUGGCCUGGUGGAAUUCGUGCCCAAAGAAGAGCUCCAGGAUAGGCUGGUGGUGGUAGUGUGUAACUUGAAGCCCCAGAAGAUGAGAGGGGUGGAAUCCCAAGCAAUGCUGCUCUGUGCUUGCAGCAGCGAGGAACCUUCCCAAAUAGAGCCCCUGGACCCACCAGCAGGCUCCUGCCCGGGGGAACGUGUAUUUGUGGAGGGCUGCGAGAGUGGCCAACCAGAUGAUGAGCUGAAGCCCAAGAAGAAGGUCUUUGAGAAGCUUCAGGCUGACUUCCAGAUUUCUAAGGACAGCACAGCUCAAUGGAAGGGGAAGAACUUCAUGACCAAACUGGGGAGCAUCUCAUGCAAAACCCUGACAUGCGGCAGCAUCCGCUAAGACUCCUCACCCGCCCCUUUUGCCUGUUCCCUGUCUCUUCCUGUCCAUUGAUCACCCUAUCCAUUGAAUGAUCAAGUUACAGUCCGUCCAUCAAUCACAGCUCUUCCCUGGCAUUCCCAGCCAGGAGAUCCCUGCUGAGCUGCAUCAAAUCCGUGGACAUUUACAGCUUUGAUAUCGACAGAAAGUGAGCAGGGGCACAAAGAUGGAACCCUGUUAAAAUUGAUUAUUUAUGUCUGAAGAAAGGAUGCUGUUGCUUUAUUUUCUGGGCUGUCAGGGCUAUGGGAAAUCUUCCCCCUUAAAGUAUUUUAGGAGUGGGGGGGAGUGAAGAAGUAGGGAGACCUCCAAGCCCUCGAGUGAGCAAGUGGUGGCCGGAGAGGAGCUGUGGUCAUGUGUGCUCCGUCCUGGCUACGGAACAGCCACUUCGUCCCUCUUUUUAAGUUGCCGCUUCUGGUUUGAACCCAGGCUGGCAGAUUACAAAGGGGAGAGUCUCUGUUUAUCUGUGGUUUAGAUGUCUCCAUGAUAAAUGCCAAAUUUUAAGUAAUUUAUUGUUAUCUUCAAAUAAAAUGCCACACUUCAACUUCUUGUCUUUCAGUAGAGGCCAGUUUGGUUUAACAGGGCUUUUUAGUCUUCUGGGAUGGCUUAAUUAAGAAAGUGAGAAAGUGGUCUCAUGACUGCUCUAUUAGGUCCAACCCACAGUAUCUCCCAAACUGUAAUAUUUUGAGCUGCUGGGGGGAGGAAUUCUUCAGGAUGGUUGUUCAGAAGAAAUGGAAAAGAGCCAGGAGGAAAUGUUUCAAAGGUUAGGAAGCUCCUAGAUGCAGUUCAUAUGGACUUAAAAUUGAAUCAGAUGUAUGUUGCAGUUGUAAUCGGGUUAGGUUAUGCUGGGCAGGAGAGCCAAGCUGGACAUAAUGCUGGAAUUCUGUGACCUCGGUGUAAAAAUCACACACUAUAAAGUAGCCAUGAUGGGGGCCUAAUCUGGAUUGAUGCUGCAGAAGGGAAAGUUAAUCACCCCUUCCUCAUGCAAUUUCCUGGGCUGGAAAUGGUUCCUCAUUACCAGCAACACACAGGGUAGAUUGCUUUAGUGGGAAAAGAUUAGCAUUCUUUCAGAUUGGGCACUGAUGUAUGGGACAGGAAGUAGAGUUAACUUGUCCAGGGUCCUUGUCCAGCUUUCUUCCCCACUUUUCCAGAUCUGGAUUCUAGGUGUGGUAUCCAGUCACAGAAGCAGUGUUACAUGUUAUAUGGACUACAACUUUCAACAAGCAUUAUAGGCUAUUGCAGAAAAGUAUCCUCUCCCCCACCCCUACCCAAAUCCUAUUUAAAGGUCAUCUUUCUAAGAGCUGGAGAAUCCCUAUCUUUGACAGAAAAAUUCAGCUGUUCCCAAAAUAGACAAAAGGCAUUAGCUUGAGUACUGUUUGUUCUUACACAGGAUGAUGUCUUUGCAAAGUGAGAAGUCCUUGUAAUAAUAUCUAGGAACGUGACCCCUGUAGUAAAUAAGAUAAACAUUAAACCACUGAAGUUAACAUAAUAAGACUUUCUGGUGGCUGUACCUUACAAGGCAUAUUUAUUUUUUUUUAAAAGAUUGGGGGGAGCUUUAAAAAAACUAAUAAAUGCAUGGAUUACUGAUCAAA